AUGGUGGUAGCCGAGCUGUUACGAGUGAAUGCACCCGGCAUGCUUACGCUAGCGGUUCUCCUUCUGAUCUUCAACGACAAGAUCCCCAAGACCAAGGACCGCGACUUUCUUGAAAUCUUCGCUGGCAAAGCCGAGUUAUCCGCAGCUCUUCGAAGGGCGUGCCUUCGUGGAGCAUCCGUCGACUGGGAGUUCGAUCGCACAGUUUGGAAUGGCAGCUUUUGGAUGGGCCAUUUCAAUGGCCCCACACCCAAGCGGCACAGGCAGUACACGAAGGAGUUCGGUGAGUUCCUCACGGAUCUUUUUACGAGGCUGAAGAAGGCCGAAAUGCCAAGAGUCAUCACCUACCUCAACUCGAAGCACCUCAAGCCGCCCGGCCUCUGGGACACCUGGCACGCAGAGAUGAAGACUGCAAGUGUCAGCUUAAGCCCAUAG